UUAACCUCGAAAUCACUGUCCAGCGGUUGGGUCAGCUGUCAGGUUUGUGUAUGAGAAUGAGAAAACGGUUGAAUGCGAAAAAUUAUAAAUUCUGAACAAAAUGUCCAAAUUGAAGAUUAGUAAUGAAUGGAAGAGGAGAGUCAAACAGGAGUAUGUACGUUUAAGACAGCAAAAACGUUAUAAAAAAGCGGAUGAUAUAAAGUUAGCAUGGAAUCAAAACAGGAAUGGGAUGAACGAAAUUUUAUUGUCGGAACAUGAGCGAUGGAGAGAAUGUAAAGCAUCGUGGGUUCCAACCCCCGAAUUACCCCCCCAUGUAACAUGCAUGAAGAAAUCUGAAGUGAUCGGAAAUGAUGGUGAUAUACAAGUUGCACCCAUCAAAAUUAUUAAUGCGGUUACUCCGAUUCCGACAAUGUAUACUUGGGCUCCUAUACAACAAAAUUUUAUGGUUGAAGAUGAAACCGUUCUGCACAAUAUUCCAUACAUGGGUGAUGAAAUUUUAGACCAAGAUGGCACAUUUAUAGAGGAACUUAUUAAAAAUUACGAUGGGAAAGUACAUGGUGAUCGUGAAUCGGGCUUUAUAGACGAUGAAUUAUUUGUUGAAUUAGUUCAUGCAUUGAUGCAGUAUCAGGACAAAGAAAAGCCCGAUAAAAAAGAUAAAGAGAAGAAAGAUGGUGAAACAGAUAAAGUGGAAAAAGACAAGAAAAUAGAAAUCGAAUUUCCUAAUUCAGUGAUAUUUCAAGCUAUAUCUUCACAGUUUCCAGACAAAGGUGGACCAGAGGAACUGAGAGAAAAGUAUAUAGAGCUGACGGAAAGAACUGACCCUAAUGCUCCACCUGAAUGUACUCCCAAUAUAGAUGGAGCUAAUGCAGCUUCAGUGCCAAGAGAACAAACAAUGCACUCCUUUCACACCUUAUUCUGUAGACGAUGCUUUAAAUAUGAUUGUUUCCUACACAGAUUACAACCAUCUAAUCCUGGCCCCAACCUUCAGAAACGUCGAGGUCCAGACUUAAAGCCAUUCACAGAUCCAUGUGGUCCAGAAUGUUACAUGACACUGGAUAUUGUUAAAGAAAAAAUGGCGGAAAAGGCGAAGCAAGAGGAGGAAACAGAAAAGGAAGCUAAAUGCAAACAGGUCAAAGAGCCUGUCACGAAUACUGCCACUGAAAAUGUCAAAACUGCCAGCACCUCAAGUAAUAGAAAAAUAAGUAAACAACAGUCUUUAGACUCAGGGAACGAAGCUAGCUCUGAAGACAGUAACGAUAGUAAGUAUAAAGAUUCCAAUAAUGAUGACCCAGUGUCCACUGCCUGUUCAUUUAGUUUGCUGGGUCUGAUGGGAGCUAACGAUCAUAAAGAAUGGACUGGCUCGGAUGAGAGCCUGUUCAGAGUUUUACACAAAGUUUUUUUGAACAACUAUUGUGCCAUCGCGCAAAUAAUGCUCACGAAAACUUGUCAACAAGUAUACCACUUCGCACAGAAAGAAGACGCGAUAAUACCGGCCGAAGAAACCCUGAAAGAUUUCACUCCUCCUAGAAAGAAGAAGAAGAAGCACCGUCUGUGGUCCAUGCACUGCAGGAAAAUUCAGCUAAAGAAAGAAUCGAACAGCAACCACGUUUACAACUUCACGCCUUGCGAUCAUCCGGGACAGAACUGCGACGCUCACUGUCCCUGCAUCGGCGCCCAGAACUUCUGCGAGAAAUUCUGCAAUUGCAGCAGCGACUGCCAGAACAGAUUUCCGGGAUGCAGGUGUAAGGCGCAGUGCAACACCAAGCAGUGUCCUUGCUAUCUUGCGGUCAGAGAGUGCGAUCCUGACUUAUGUCAAACUUGUGGUGCGGAUCAGUUUGACAUUAGCAAAAUAACCUGUAAAAAUGUCAGUGUACAGAGGGCGUUACAUAAACAUUUGCUGAUGGCGCCUUCAGAUGUAGCAGGUUGGGGUAUUUUCUUGAAAGAUAGUGCGCAGAAGAAUGAAUUCAUCUCCGAAUAUUGCGGGGAAAUAAUCUCUCAAGACGAAGCAGACAGAAGGGGCAAAGUGUACGAUAAAUACAUGUGCAGCUUCCUUUUCAAUCUCAAUAACGAUUUCGUCGUGGAUGCUACCAGGAAAGGAAAUAAGAUUCGGUUUGCCAACCAUUCCAUCAAUCCCAAUUGUUACGCUAAAGUUAUGAUGGUCAACGGGGACCAUAGGAUUGGUAUCUUUGCUAAGCGGGCAAUCCAACCUGGAGAGGAGCUCUUCUUUGACUACAGAUAUGGACCGACGGAACAGUUGAAGUUUGUGGGAAUCGAAAGGGAAAUGGAAUUUCUUUAGUGGAUGACUGUACAGUGCAUUUCUUUUGGAGGGGAGUAGACAUACUUCGGAAAGUUGCUUUUAUACUUGUAUGAUUAUGUGAUUGAUUAAAUUAAUUUUUAAUUCAA